UUGAAUGUAGAUGAAGAGACAUUGUCAGAUUGAAAAGUGACAGUUAACAGUUAACAGUUGAAGUUUCUUCUUUGAUUCGCCUUCGAAAAGUCUUAUUCAGUUUUGUUUAACCAUCUAAACACCUAAUUAUGCCUUUCAAGCCAGUUGAACAUCCUAAAUGCCCUCGUUGUAGCAAGUCAGUUUACGCUGCUGAAGAGGUUCUUGCCGGUGGAUCUAAAUGGCACAAGGGUUGCUUCAAGUGUGGCCUUUGCAACAAAAGACUUGACUCAACCAAUGCCGCUGAACACGGACCCACGGAGCUUUACUGCAAACAGUGUUAUGGACGUAAAUAUGGUCCUAAAGGUGUUGGUUUUGGCGGUGGUGCUGGUUGUUUAAGCAUGGAUGUUGGUGAACAUCUCGGUAACACCGAAUCAUCCGUAUCAAAUAAGCCACAUUACGCACCAACCACUGGUUAGAUUUGUAUUAGUUGUUUUCAUUAUCCAUUGUACCUUCCUUUCAACUUUGCCAAUCCUUUAAUCAAUAUGGAUGUUGGAUUGAAAUCUAGAGAUUGUUUUGAUCAAACUUGAUUACCAGAAAUGUUUGUCACAACACUUUAAUGUUUUUAAACGGAAAAUAAACGAAUUAAUGACAAUUAA